UAUUCUUUAGAUUAUUUCGUUACAGUAUAUGGAAAGCAAAACAGUGCAUGCUUUUGUGGUGAUGCUGCCUCCAAACAGCUGCAUCCCGAGGAACUACAGCUGCAUGGCUGGGCUAUUCGGGAGCUUGGCAGCGGCAAACCAGCUGAAAGAAGACUGGGAAGAAGAUGCUGAUGAGCACUGUGAGUCGCUUGAAAAUUAUGUGGUGGACGAGAGACCGAGAGGCAGGAAAUGUUUUUUGAAACCCCCUCAAAGUCCGACUUUGCGAAGAAGAUGCAAAUCAGUACCGACCCCAACUGAGAGAGCUAAGCUUGAAAUUGCAAGGAGCCGGAGUCCAUCUAGUCAGAAAAAGGUCAGAUUCGCUGAUUCUUUGGGUUUAGAGCUUACUUCAGUUAAGCACUUCUGCGACGCCGACAUGCCAGAGGUACCGCAACGUGUGUUAGACAAAUUCAAGAGAGGACAUCCUGUCCAAUUGAAUCUCUUCGACAUGUUCCCUACACUUCCAGCGCAGUCUGCUUCCAUGGAACCCCAUUUCGUCAAUCCUGGGCAGUUUCCAGGAUUUCUAGAAAAGGUGCAGAAAAUGAAAGUUUUACUGGAAAGUGUGGAAACGGAUGAAUUCAGCCUGUCAGGCUCAGUCCGGGUAUUGAAUCUGGCUUUCGAGAAAACCGUCAUUUUGAGGUAUUCCCUCAAUAACUGGCUAACAUUUUUAGAUAUUCUUGCAUCCUAUGUCCCCGACUCCAGCGACGGAGUAACCGACAAAUUCUCCUUCAAGAUUAUCACCCCGACAUUUCUAGAGAGUGGUAGCUCUUUGCAGUUUGCCAUCAAGUACUGUGUUGGCGGCGAAGAAUUCUGGGAUAAUAAUAACGGAAAUAACUAUAAAGUGCGACGCCACAAAUUUAAAAUAUCUCCACCAAGGGAAUGGGAGAAUGGUUGGAUUCACUUCAUAUAACAUGCGCUUUGAGCAUUUGCUAAGUGAUCUCUGUGUACCGUAGACAGUACCCUACCUAGAAAUAGCCUAAGUAUAGAACAUAAUUCAGAUAUAAUUUUUAGCGAGAGCCUUUUACAAUCCUUUGUUGUGAUACAUUUUAUUUUCGCCCAAAUUAUUGGUAGUCUUCAACGCGUUGAGCAUUGAUGAAAUGUCUUAACCUUUCAGAUGGAGAGCGAGGUGGGACAUAUUGAAGAGGUGGAGUUUAAUUCGCCUGGUUCGAUUUUGCAUAGGUCCGUAUGCCCGUGCCUUCUGAUUGGGCACAGCGAGCGUCUUACAUAAUACUGUAACAUGUGCCUCUGUUUAAACAUCAAUAUUACCUGUUUCGGUCUCACAUUCCAAAUAUUUAUUAUUUGACGUCUUCGGGUUAACAUUUCUGAAUAUAUCCGACUUGACUACUAUAAGGAAAAGUUCACUAAUAACAGGAACACGACAAUUGUAUGACAAGCCUCUGUCUUGUUAAUGGUCUGGUGAAUAAAAUUCCUCUCAUCCAGUCAUCCAAUCCAGUAACUCUCACUUAAUAAUAUUUUGCCAAAUAUGGUUUCCAGCAUUAUGUUUUACAUGCAGUUUAUGUUAU